UGGUUCCCUCCCAAGAUAGUUGGUUUCCACUUCAGCCAGUUUCUUUUUUGGGCAUUUCAGGAAUUGACUCUGUCUCCUCCAUCCCCUUCUUCUCUCCUCCAAUUAACCAUGAUGCAGAUCAGCUCCACCAUACCCGCACACAAUCUUCACAUGUUCCAAAUGAGACGCGCCAGUUUCCGAUGUCGUGCCUCUCCGUUGAACCCAACCACCACCACAACGACGAUAACAACAACAACCUCGUCUUCUCCACAGUCCAUGAAACCGGUCACCGACUCCACCCGCCUGCACCUCUCUAACCUCGACAAACUCCUCCAGAAGCAAUCACCAACAACUCAACCCAACCACAAACAACAACAAGAACUAGCCUUAGCCACCACAAUUCAAAGCAACAUAACCACAACGACGACGGAGAAGAAAGGAAAGAACGUCCUGGAAGGCCUCAACCUGGCACGUCUCUGGCCGGACAUGAAAGCCACCGAGGAAAUGUCGCCGCGCCACCUCAACCGCCUCCAGCGCCUCCUCUCCAAGACGGCCGAGUACUCGCCGCGAAACACCCUCGGCAGCCGGUGGCGCGAGUACCACGGCAGCCACGACUGGAAAGGCAUGCUCGACCCCCUCGACGAGAAUCUCCGGCGAGAGGUCGUGCGCUACGGCGAAUUCGUGCAGGCCGCCUACCACUCCUUCCACUCCAACCCCGCCAUGUCAGCAGAGGAGCCGCCGCCGCUCCCCCGUCACAUGGUCCUACCCGACAGAUCCUAUAGGGUCACCAAAUCCCUCUAUGCCACGUCAUCAAUCGGUUUACCCAAAUUGGUCGAUGACGUGGCACCGGAUCUUGGGUGGAUGACCCAACGCUCUAGCUGGAUCGGAUACGUGGCAGUCUGCGACGAUAGAAGAGAGAUUGCUCGUUUGGGGAGGAGGGAUAUUGUCAUCUCCCUCCGAGGGACCGCCACCUGUCUCGAAUGGGCCGAAAACAUGCGGGCCCAGUUAAGAAAUAUAGAUAAUAGCACUACCCAAGAAAAGCCCAAAGUGGAGUGUGGGUUUUUAAGCUUGUAUAAAACCCGAGGGACCCACGUGCCUAGUUUGAAAGAAUCGGUAAUUGAAGAAGUGAAGAGACUCAUGGAACUCUACAAAGGGGAAACACUCAGCAUUACAAUCACGGGGCAUAGCUUAGGCGCGGCACUAGCCCUAUUAGUGGCGGAUGAUGUCAGCAUGUGCAGUGUCCAUGUCCCUUCUGUGGCUGUUUUUUCCUUUGGUGGGCCCAGGGUAGGUAAUCGGGCCUUCGGGGACAAGCUCGCGGCCCAAAACGUGAAAGUCCUGAGAAUCGUGAACUCGCAGGAUGUCAUAACUAGGGUUCCGGGAAUGUUCGUGAGUGAGGAGCUAGAAAAGAAGCUAAGAACCUCCAAGGUAGGUGCUGGUGUAUUGGACAUGCUCGAUGAGUACUCCCACACCGGAACAGAGCUCCGAGUGGACACGAAGAUGUCGCCGUUUUUGAAACCAGAUGCUGACAUGGCAUGUUGUCAUGACUUGGAGGCCUACCUGCACCUGGUGGAUGGGUUUUUGGCUUCCAACUCUCCCUUUAGGGCGAAUGCAAAGAGAAGCUUAGCUAGGUUAAUGCAGGACCAAGGUGCCAAUGUAAAGAAGUUGUAUACUAGCAAGGCCAAGACCUUGAGUGUCAAUCUUGAAAGACAGGGAUCCUUCUCUAUCUCUGGUUGUUUACCUAGUCCUUCAUAGAAUUAACGGCAAAUUUACAUUUUGGUUUCCCUGUUUAUUUUUAGAAUUUGGGGCACCAAAUCUAAAAUCAGAGAUAAUCUGAGAUAUCAAAUUUAGACUUUUGUCUAAAAUUAAUCAAAUGUGAAUACAAUUAAAUGUACCAAGUACAAACAACGUGUUUAUAGCAUGUGUUUUGUUGCACAUGUCUCUUUUGUUAU